GGCGCACGUUCGAUGCGAAGCAGUGUGUGCUUUCACGCACGGAAACCAAGAAAACGGUGUGCACCAGGACCACGGUUUACUCCUGGACGUAAUCCAUGCCGUCCUGGUCGCGAGCUACGCUGACAGGACUGGUCACGACCGUGUGUCCCGAAGCGUCCUCGAGAACACGUCCGAAAAGUAGUCAGAGACCGUACGUCGUCGAGCACGCGGCACACGUGAGCGGAACGAAGACGAACUGCUACCGAGCACGGCCGAAAGCCAACGAGCAUCGACGAUCGUCUCUUGAGGUAUCCUGGCUCGUCGCUGAUUGGCCGAAACUUCGAGGAAGUGGUUACCGUCGAUGAGGGCUCGAACCACACCGCCACGUGAGUUUAGCUCCGUAUCGUGAACCAGGAUAUCGCGCGCGUCUUUUCAUCGUAUUCUGGAACACCGUACGACCAGUUUUACCGCGCCAAACCGUCAAUUGUCUCUCCGCAUUUCUCCCUGGAUACAUAACAUUCGAACCUCGAGCUACGUGUUCGAACAAGAGGAUCGUGUCGAAGAAUCUUGACGCUGUUGUGGUCGUAGUGGUUCGACAGACUAGAGAAACAACAUGAAGAAAUACGUACGUUCGUAUUUACAUAUCUUAUGGGAAGCGUAUAUUGACUCGAACCAGAUUCAUCAAUAACGUCGUCUGGAACGAUUAAACCAUUCGGAGUAGCUUCUAGAAACUAAGUGACAACUACAGUAAGCUACCUAAUCAUUUAUCAAAUAUUGCGGUUAGAAAUUAGAACCCUUAAGAGGGCGCUUUACCGCCCCCCUGAAACUGGUACGGUAAACGUCGAAACGAUUUCGUUUGACCGUGGGAUCAAAGAUGGAGUAUCGAUCUACGUCAUCAUGUCAUCACGUGGCGAUCCUGAUCUAGGCCAACGUCUUUACCCCAUAUGACGUUGCGUCUUUCGGCCGGUGUCUUCUAGACGGUGUUUCCCUUCUAAGUAUAAAACUAUCCUUCCAAUCAGACGUCAAACUUUAACCAUGAAAAUGGCGAAGCUUCGUAUUCGUGUCGAAGACAUGCUCGGAUCGUCGCGCGAGCUUCGAGUUCGUUCUUUCGUUAAGUUGAACGCGACUAUUCGUUGAACACUUCGAAUUCGAUGUCGCGGAACUGUCUUCGUGACGCACUCUUUAUCGACAAAAGAGAAAGUUGGUGUCUUUUAGUGUUAUAAAUAGAAGUGAAUAGUGAAUAAAACGUUUACCAGGGAAACUAGGCCUUUUUCCCUAUAUUUCGUUCACUAGAGAUUUUCGUAGCUGAAAAUUUUUCGUCAAACUUUGUCACCGGAAGUGUUUAUUCUUUUUUUUAAUAUACCGAGGUAAACGUCUAGUGUAAAACAAAACGCAUAGGGAUACUUGUAAAUUAAUUCUAUAGCUUUUUGCUAUUUAACGGUUUAACAGUAUUAUAACAAAAGCUGCUUGUAUGAUAUUACAAUUUUUCGUAUAUUUAAUAAUAUUUAUUAAACAACAAAGAGAUAGAAAUCGUAAAGUAUAGUUCUUAGGUUAAUCGAGAAAUUGUCUAUAAUGACUCACGCGGUUUAGUGACUCGGUGACUCGGUGAUUUACCUGAAGAAUCGACAAAAAGUUGCUACCGCGUGCGUGCUCUAAAAAGUGACACGAACUGUUGACCCACCCUCGGUCACGAAACAAGUAUCCCUGGUGCUCCGGAAAUCGUUGCCACAACGUGGGCUUGAAGUCACCUGUUUUCGGGCAUACGGGAGCGGAAGGAGCGUAGAUGAAUCCUGCUGUCUGCAUCCUUGAUGGAAACGUUAGUGCGAGACAUUAAGGCGAUCUUCGAUGCUUAAAUGGAAGGUUUCCAGGACGGAUUAAACAAUCUGCAACGCAAGAAGGAGCAUCCACUUCUAUGCUGGCGAAUUUAUUUGGUACGACCUGGGGUUGUGUCGGGGUAGCUAGUAAAGCAUCUGUUGGUGGCGGAGAGGAGAUUUCGACGAACGAAGAGCAAACGAAGAGGGCGGGGAGCACGUUUGGCAGGAGAAGGAGGAGAAGAAGAAGAGGAAGUCGAGAAAGUGUAGGCGCAGGCGCCUUAGGUGAUGUGAGGCUGGCGCCCGCCUCACGUUUGGGGUGAUGCCCUCCAGUGAGCCUCAUCCCCCCCAGUACCACCUUCAGCACCACGCCAUUCCUCCCUCGCAUCUUCAGCAACAUACGUCGAGCGCGAUCGGGCAACAUCAGCUCUACCAGCAGCUGGUGGCGGCCCAUCAUCAGCAACAGCAACAACAACAACAGCAGCAGCAGCAACAGCGACAGCAGCAACACGGCGGGCUUUUUCAAAAUUCCGCGUACACGCAACAGAAGCAGGAGAUGAGCCCGGAGGAGGAGGGGGGUCGAGGGGGCGGGUCCCCCCCGGCAGCAGGGGCUGCACUACAUCAGCCUCAUCACCCCCGGACGGCUAGUCCACCCUCAGGCACUGAACCCUGCACCCGAGAUGCUAUACCAACGCCUACGCCAAUCGCGGAUACUACCACAACAACAACGACAACUACUAUGACAAUGCAGUCGCAAGGGCAACAGCAGGAACAACAAGGUCCAAGCCCUAGUCCCAGUCCAACAGGGGGUGAUGUUGAAAAAUUUGACGGAAAGAUUGUCUAUAAUCCCGACGGCUCGGCGUAUAUUAUCGAGGGAGAGAGCGAACUUAGCGAGGAUGAUUCGUUGCCGGACGGUUGUAUCGUAGAUGGGCGCGGUGUGUCGGUUCCUCAUUCUCUGGUAUUUCCUCAAAUCGCUAGCGCGUACUACGUGUCAAGACUGUACGCGCAUCAGGCUUAUCAGCAACAGCAGCAGCAGCAGCAACAACGUUCGACGGUGCAGCAGCACAAUCCCGAUCUUCCCGUGAUGCACAGUUAUCGAGUGAUCAGUUACAGAAGCGCGGAGGGUAGUAAACAACCGCCCCCACCUCCGGCGACCCCUCCACCUCCCGCUGCAUCCGUACCCGUCAAACCUAUCCUAAUGUGCUUCAUAUGUAAACUGAGUUUUGGUUACGCGAAGAGUUUCGUGGCGCACGCACAGGGUGAGCAUCAGCUAACCUUAAUGGAGGACGAAAGGCAGGUACUCUCUCAUUCAACUGCAUCGGCUAUCAUUCAAGCCGUGGGUAGAGGAAAGCAACCUUUGGUCAGUUUCCUCGAACCCGUGACUAGCUCCACGUGUCCGCAACCAUCGCCCGCUCAAAUGCAAAGCCAACAGCAACAGCAACGCACCGAUUCGAAUGAUCACGAAACGCCAACGACGACCAGUACACCUGCCAGCACCCCGGGUGUACCGAGCAGUCCUCAACAACAGCAGCAGCAACAACAGCAGAGGCCGUCGUCGAGUACUCCUACGACACCCACGUCUCAUUCGAAUCAUCCUCUCGCGUAUAAUCAUCAGCAGACGCAGCAACAUCAGUGGACCGGCGCUCAAGUGAGCGCAGCAUCGUGGGCGAAAGCACCGGAAGCCGUUGGCAUUCAUUACACUUCACCGCCGCCACCGCAGUCUUCGUCGACGAAGGGUUCGCCGUCUUCGUACGCCGCUCUAACUCAGCAACCACCGAAUUUUCUGACUGGCACGACCAUCGGCGUUUGUCCGGAGCACAUGCAAGGUAGGCCGAGCGGGGUCGAGUGUCCGAAGUGCGAGCUUAUACUGGCUAGCAGUAGAUUAGCCGGUCCCGGUGGUCCGCUAGCUGGUAUUCAUAGUCGGAACUCCUGCAAAACCCUGAAAUGUCCUAAAUGUAAUUGGCACUACAAGUACCAAGAAACUCUGGAAAUACACAUGAAAGAGAAACAUCCGGAGAGCGAAACCUCUUGCAUUUACUGUAUCGCUGGUCAACCGCAUCCUAGAUUAGCGCGCGGCGAAACGUACACGUGCGGAUACAAACCGUACAGGUGCGAGGUAUGCAACUAUUCCACCACGACGAAAGGGAAUCUCAGUAUUCAUAUGCAAAGUGACAAGCAUUUAAACAACAUGCAGGAGCUUCAGCAGGGUAGCGGCGGCAGUACGAGCGCGAACAAUCCAUCGUCGUCGCAAGACGCGCCGAUGCCGACGAGAAGUCCGCAUCAUCAACAAAAUCAUAGCCCUCAUAUCACUGGCCAGGUCGGUAAUCAAGGUAAACCGAAACCGACGUUUCGUUGCGACGUGUGCAACUACGAGACGAACGUCGCUCGAAAUUUAAGGAUACACAUGACCAGCGAGAAACAUACGCACAAUAUGCUGGUUCUCCAACAGAACGUGAAACAUAUGCAGACGUUGUCCGCGCUACAGUCUCAUCAUCAGCAGGCUCAACACCAUCAUCAAGCGCAACAACAGCAUCAGCAGCAACUCGAGCAGCUGCUUCAUCUGGGCGGUUUGGACAAGCCGCAACACGCGGAAGCGGCAUUGGCUGAUAUGGCUUACAAUCAGGCUUUAUUGAUCCAAAUGAUGACCGGGGGUCAGUUACCACCUCAACUUCCACCAGAGAUUAUGGGCGGUAUGGCGAGUAUGAGCGCGAUGGGCAACCUUGGCGGAGACGUUGGUCUAUCGCCGGACAGCAUGGAUCCACCACCGGAACCAGCGGAUCCCGAUCCGUCUCAUCUCUAUCACUGCUGCGUUUGUAAUAAUUUCGCGACCGAUUCGUUGGAAGCUUUGAGCCAUCACCUGGGCGUCGACAGGACCAGAACGCGGGAGGGGGAGAUCCUCGCCCUGGUGGCUGGCCACUUCGUUUGUAAACUUUGUUCCUAUAAAACUAACUUAAAAGCGAACUUUCAACUUCACUGCAAAACCGAUAAGCACCUCCAACGUCUGCAGCACGUGAAUCACGUGAAAGAGGGUGGGCCUAGAAACGAGUGGAAACUCAAGUACUUAGCCUCACCCACUAGCGCCCCGCAAUUACGCUGUCACGCAUGCGAUUAUUACACGAAUAGCGGCCAUAAAUUGGCCUUGCACGCUGCAUCGCCCAGACACGAAGCCGCGGCUCUACUUCUUCGUCACCUGUUAGAGGCGAGCGCCAAUGUACCGUCUCAGGCGAAAUUGUAUCAUUGCGCGCUGUGCGGGUUCAGCGCGAGACACCGAUUGCCGCUUCUGCAGCAUGUCCGAUCGUUGAGACAUCUUCAAAUGGAACAGUUGCAUCAGUUACAUCGGCGAAGCGGCAUUCAAGGAAACGAAACCCCUCAUACCGACAUCGGUGACGUUUUUCAAGUGAUGAGCGAUCCUGAUGUACCACCCACGCAACAACCAAGUCCUUCUACACCGACUACUCCGAACGCUACUAACGUCAAUAGUGAACGCCGCGAGGAGGGUAGCGAUUGCGGUAGCGAGGUGAAGCAGGAACCGGACAACGAUCAAGAACCGGAACAAGAAGCCGAGACCGAACAGGAGGAAGUCAUCUGUCCGUAUUGCACUUAUCAGCCGACAUCACGCGAAGAAUUGAGACAGCAUUUGCAAGUGGCUCAUGUUCAAGACUCGGAGGACAAAGUAGAGGCUGUUAAGGAAGAACCAGCUCCGGAAUUGUUGUGCCCGUUGUGUCAGGAUAGCUUCAAAGAGCGUUCCGCUUUGGAGAAACACGUGAUGCAAAUUCAUUCGGUGAACGCCGACGGUUUGCAGCGGUUGUUGCUUCUGGUAGAUCAGAGCCACUGGUUGAACAACAAUCCGCGAAACACUUUAACCCCGGCAGCGACUACGCCAACGUCACCGACCACCACCACCAAGCCGGUACAGGAAGAAGAUAUGAGCGAGCGCGGCAUGAACGAGGAGAUAGAGGAGAUUACCAGAUGCACUAUUUGCGGACGCGUGUGUCGCUCUUUGGAGGAGUUGCAACAACAUCACAGGGAGAUCCAUCCGGCCACUACGCCUACGUUGGCGGUCAGCGAGAAACACGUUUACAAGUAUCGGUGCGGACAGUGCAGCCUCGCGUUCAAGACCUUGGAGAAACUGCAGCAACACUCGCAGUAUCACGCGAUCAGGGAUGCGACGAAAUGCGCGCUUUGCGGCCGAUCCUUUCGUUCGGUUCAAGCGCUUCAGAGACAUCUUGAAUCGGCUCACGCGGAUCUCCACGAGGACGAGUUGGCUCAAUACAAGCAGAGCCUGCUGCACGCUCAUCCGUUGCUUUUAGCGCUCACCGAGGAAGCUCUGCGUAGACAAGGCAACUUGAGCGGGGAACAGAACCCGGAGGACGAUACCAGCAAGGCGGACGAGGAAGAGAGUGACGCGAGCGAUUCAUCGCCUCUGCACAAGGAACAACGUCUCUUGGAGGAUUAUCUGAACAGCCAAACGGUUGCCGAGGAUUCUUACCACGAUCCGGGCAGAAAGUUCAAAUGUCAUCGUUGCAAGGUAGCCUUCACGCGGCAGAGUUAUUUGACCGGGCACAAUAAGACCCUGUUGCAUCGCAAAGGGGAGAAGAUGUCUUAUCCGAUGGAGAAGUAUUUGGAUCCGAAUAGACCAUACAAAUGUGACGUUUGUAAGGAGAGUUUCACUCAGAAAAAUAUACUGCUCGUUCAUUAUAAUAGCGUUAGCCAUUUGCACAAGUUGAAGAGAGCCAUGCAAGAGCAGGGUAACAACAACACUCUGAUCUCGGUUGUACCUCCUGCCAGUCCGACGGAAUCGCCGGACUCUCAGCAGGACCAGGACAAGAAGCCUUACAAAUGUAACAUUUGUAAGGUCGCGUAUUCGCAAGGUAGCACUUUGGAUAUUCACAUGAGAAGCGUGCUCCAUCAGACGAGGGCUAGCAAACUGCCAGAUCUCGCGGCUAGCGGGCAAUUGGAUCUUGCUCGUCCGCUAAUCGAACAACCACCUCCAACCAGUCCGAACAGUUCACCAGUUAACACCAGCACUGGUAACGCAGGCUCCAUGUUAUCCUGUCCGCGAUGCAGCGCUCUGUUCGUGAACCAAGAACAACUGGCCACGCAUCAGCAACUCUACUGUAUCUUCAGCAAUCCGUUGGCGUUGUUUCAACAAUUGGCAGCCUCGCAACAGCUCGCUUCAUCGGCCCCCGCUAAAACCCCACCGCCUAUGUCUACCACUCCAGGCCCGCAGCAACACAUGCAACAAACUACUCAGCACUCUUCGCAGACGACGCAGGAUAUACUAUCGCAGCCGCGGCACAAAACGUCGCAGAUGUAUAAGCAUCUGUUGGAGAGUUUCGGAUUCGACCUGGUGAUGCAGUUCAACGAGAAUCAUCAGAGACGUCAACGGAAGGAGGAGGAGGCCGCGGCUGCGCUUCAGGCUCAGCAGCAACAGCAGAAGCAGGAACAACAGAAGCAAGCUCUUGCCGCUCAAGCUGCGCGCGAAAGGGAAGAAGAAGCUGAAGAGCAUACCGACGACGAUGUGAUACCAGAAUUAACUAGGAGCACUUGCCAGCAUUGUAACAAGGAGUUUAGUAGCGUGUGGGUCCUCAAGGCCCACUGCGAGGAGGUACAUCGUGAUCUGGUACCGCGAGAGUUUUUGGAAAAGUAUGCUCAACAAUUCAAAUGCGAAUACGAAAAGAAAAGCGUCGUGGUGACAGUUGCGACAUCUUCGUCUACAUCUUCCGGGCCAAGGAGCUCGACACCCGCCUCCGGCCAGGUACAGGACGUUGUUUCGGACAAGGAACAACGCGAGAAAGAGAAGGAUGAACCUGCUGAGAACAAAGAUCGCAUCAGCAAGACUCCGGAAGCCACAUCAACCACUCCAGCAACAACUCCGGCGUUAAGUAAUACACCAUUGUCGAGCACGGAUUCAACGACUCCUACCGUACUGGCAACAAAUUCAUCGCUUCAUAUUCAACAACCGCAACAACAACAGCAGCAACAGCAACAGCAGCAACAGGCGCAACAGCCUCAACAGCAACAGCAACAGCAGCAGCAGCAACACGCUCAGUUAACUCUGGCUCAACAAAUGACUGAAAUGCAGGCUGCUUUGAAUGCAAUGGCUGCAUCUCAACUGCAGCAGCAACUGCAACAGUAUCCUGGACUGAUGAUGGGUAUGAUGGGUCUACCUCUUGGAUUAAACGUACCUGCUUUAGCUGCCAUGAACCUUCAGCCACCGCUAGUACCAAUGAUGUUACCACCACCUCCGUACGAUGGAACGGCCACCGCGUAUCCGCCUAUCAAUGCUCAGGCUGAUCUUCUCGCUAAGCAACAUCUCGCCCUGCAGCAACAACAAGCAGCUGCCGCUAACGUAGCUGCUUCACAGAAACGAGCUCGAACUCGCAUCACGGAUGAACAGCUAAAAAUAUUGCGAGCACAUUUCGAUAUUAACAAUUCCCCCGGUGAAGAACAGAUUCUAGACAUGGCAGCGCAAAGCGGAUUACCGCCGAAAGUGAUUAAACACUGGUUUCGAAACACGUUGUUUAAAGAACGUCAACGCAACAAAGAUAGCCCUUACAACUUUAACAAUCCUCCGAGCACCACGUUAAACCUCGAAGAAUACGAAAAGACCGGGGAGGCGAAAGUUACUCCGUUAAAUUCUAGCGUGUCUGGAAGCAGUUCCUCCGACGACAAAAGUCCUAACAAACAAGCAACACCUCCGCCGCCGACGACAAUUAAUACACCACAGGCUAGCGAGAUAAAGCAAGAGGUUCAGGAACCACCGCCGUGUCACAUUCAGCAGCAAACGCAACAUCAGGAAGAGCAGCAGCAUCACUCGCCAGGAAGUUCGGGUGGACAGCAGUCUAGGCCACAUUCACCGGCCCUCAGCAUGAGCUCGGUUUUUUCCGGGAUUCAUCAUGACGUUUCAUCGCACGCUCCAUCGACGACCAGCGCGCCGAGCACGCCGAUGCUACCGCCGAAAUUAGCGCCACAAAAUUUCGCCAGUCCGAAUCCCGGACCAGGUGGCGUUGUACCGGGCGCCAUCGCGGCGAUUGCAUUGACACCUCAGAGAUCCCUGAGCCCCGGGCGUGGGCCGACCGAUUACUCUUUCGGGGGUAGUACCAAUGGCAACAGUUCUUCCGGCAGCAGCUCGGGCAAACGGGCGAACCGAACAAGAUUCACCGACUAUCAGAUCAAAGUUCUUCAAGAGUUCUUCGAAAACAACGCCUACCCGAAGGACGACGAUUUAGAAUACUUAAGCAAGCUUCUCGGAUUGAGUCCGCGCGUGAUCGUGGUUUGGUUCCAAAACGCCAGGCAGAAGGCUCGCAAGGUAUACGAGAAUCAACCGGCCGCCGAACCAGUGGCAACGGGCAACCGCGAGGGCGACGAUGGUUCGGGUCGCUUUCAACGAACGCCAGGCUUAAACUAUCAAUGCAAAAAGUGUUUGUUAGUAUUUCAGAGAUACUACGAGCUAAUCCGUCAUCAGAAGACGCACUGUUUCAAGGAGGAGGACGCGAAGAGAAGCGCCCAAGCGCAGGCUGCCGCGGCUCAAGUGGCCGCGGUUUUGAGUUCCGAAGAUAGCAACAGCAGCUCUACGACCACCACCGCGAAUCCUGUGCCCAGUAAUCCUACCAGUGCGCCUGCACUCGCGGAACAACUUCAGCAACCGUUGAGCACCACCACGUCGCCUCAUCAUCAGCAACAGACGGUGGCUCAGUCUCUUCAGCAGUCUCAACAACAGACGCAGCAACAGCAACAACAGUCGCAGUCGCAGACCGAGUCGAAGGAAGGUAGCUUUCAGUGCGACAAAUGCAAUCUGAUGUUCGGUCGAUUUGAACAAUGGCGAGAACAUCAGCUGGUACAUAUCAUGAACCCGUCCUUAUUCCCACCGGCGUAUCCGCCAGACUCACCUUUCGGAAUCCUUCAACAGCAAGCACUGAACGCUACCUCUAGCGUGGCGACCGAUACUCCUCAUCCCCUUCUCGCGAUGAUGCAAGAUAGGAAGAGGAAGUACGAAGAUUUCGAGGAGGGUACAGGGGGCGAAUCUCGAUCGAAUUCCGAGCACAGCGAACAGCCGAAAGACAAACGUUUGAGAACGACCAUACUUCCGGAACAGUUGGAUUAUUUGUAUCAAAAGUAUCAAGUCGAGUCGAAUCCAUCGAGAAAAAUGCUGGAGACUAUAGCGCGCGAGGUCGGUCUGAAGAAGCGGGUAGUUCAAGUGUGGUUCCAAAAUACCCGUGCGCGCGAACGGAAGGGUCAGUUUCGAGCGCACAGCCAAGUGAUCAAUAAACGUUGCCCGUUUUGCCCGGCGUUGUUUAAAGUAAAAUCCGCUUUAGAAUCGCAUCUCAGUAGCAAGCACGCCGAUCAGGUUGCCCGGGGCGAGGUGAAUAUAGAUAACAUCCCCGACGAGGAACUGUCGAUGGAGUCAGCGCCCUCGAAUCCAAGCACGCCGAACAUGAUGCCGCCGUUGUUUCCACCCUUCAACACCGACAUGGAAGCAUCGUUAAAGAAGUAUUACGAAGAAUCGAUGAAACGGUACAUCAGCGAACUGCAAGCCCACGCGAGUAAUGGUAAACAGGAGGCAUCGAAUCAUCAGACUGGCGGUAACAGCGGGGAAACUCCUUUGGAUUUGAGCAAACCGGUCGAUCUUAGCCGCCCGAUGAAACUGAGUCUCGGAUUGAGCAAUCUAUUGGAAGAACAACAGCAUGGCGCGCAUUUCCGCGGUGGUAGCGACUGCGGACCGUUGACCGAUCUCUCCGAACGAAGUAUUUGCGACGACGACAGUAUGAGCGAAACGACGGAAUUUCUAGACGACGAGAGUGGACCGGCGAGUCCGGCAUCGAGUACGCAGAGCUCGAGGCAGGGAUCUGCUUCGGCUGGUACCGGAAGUACCGCGGGUCCGCCGGCGACCGGUACCGGUAGCGGGACCGGCCAACAAAGCGGCAAGAGAUAUCGCACUCAGAUGUCAGCUACUCAAGUGAAGGUGAUGAAGUCACUGUUCUCGGAUUACAAGACACCGACGAUGGCCGAGUGCGAGAUGCUCGGCCGCGAAAUUGGUCUGCCAAAGCGUGUGGUUCAGGUCUGGUUCCAGAAUGCCCGUGCAAAGGAGAAAAAAGCUAGACUGGCGGCAGGUUUGCCAGCCGAGGGCUCAGCAGUCCAACCGCAUCGUGGACCGACUGGGCCCGACGAAUGUAGACUCUGCUCAGUCCGAUACUCGGCUAAGUCGCCGCUUCAGGAACACGUUUUCUCGCGACGGCACAUCGAGUCGGUGCGUGUCGCCGUCGAGGAAGGCAGCCUCGUGCCACCAACACCCGGCGCACCGAUCGUUCCUGGUGGUAACACUGGCCCAGCAGGGAUCGCCAAUUCGCCGGUGGUCGGAGCCACUAAUCAGCAAGCUGCCCAGCAGCAGCAGCAGCAGCAGCAAUCGGACGAAAACAUGAUGUACGGAUCCUUGUUCCUCCAUCCUACGGCGAUGUUCCAGCCACAGCAACAACAACACCCGGGUGCCGCAGCGGCUAGCACCGCUACCACUACGCCCGUAGCGGCUUCAGGUUUAAGCGGCAGCAUGCACGGGAGUGGUCUUAUGUCGUUGCACGUGGAAGGAGGCAGCCAGGUCCAAGUGCCGCGCUCGUUGAUGCAGGCAUUCUUGCAGCAAGAUCCGAAUCAUCCUGGAUUGGAGACGGUGCGGCUGCCAACGCCUCCGUGCGGUUCCGAUGAAAACGGUCCGCCGCAACACUGUCGCGAGGUGGAAAUCGAAUUGUGUCUUGUAUGCCGCCGAUGUGGUCGAGCUUAUCCCCAGGAAUCAACGCUUCUCGCGCACCAAAGAUCCUGCUAUCUAGGCAAUCAACAACGUCGCGGCGCGCUACGUCUUGUUCAAUCUCGUUACGCUUGUUCCUUGUGCGAUGGAAACAACCCAGCGCGAACGUACACGACCGUCAGCGAAUGGCGGCGUCACUCUGAAACGGUUCAGCAUCGUACUCGCCUCGAUGCUAACCAAGAACGUCAGCAGCAACAGCAACAGUUUUGCAACAUCGCCGGUGAAUCCGGCGGUCAGUGCGGCGAGGAAGUGCAUCCGCUUACAGACGAAAUGGAGGAUGUCGUUAAUCAAAUUACCUUACUGGCAGCUCGUGCCGCCGCUGAGAGCACGACCGGCCAGUCACAGGGUAACGAAAGAGCGAGCCAGGACAACAACAACGGUCCCGAUGUUAAGAGACAGAAAUUAGUCCAAGAAGUUGCCGCCCUGGCUGGUGCACGUUAGAUCAGAUUGAAUCGGACGGGGACUGCGCUUGAAGAACUUGAAGGAUGUUAGAAACUUUAGGGAUACGCGAUAGAAUCGUACAGGUAUCUGAUCACCUCCUAAUGCGACUUCUUCGGACCAGAAAAGAAGAGUAAGGGAAAAGGGGUAAAAAAAAGGAUUGGAGAAAAGUGUCGGAUAGAUAUUCUUCGAGAGAGGUACUCGAUAACGAAAGCAAACAACGUUCCUAACAGACUAGAUAAAGGGGAGGAGGUCCUAAUCCAGGCUGGGGUUAAUCGUGGGGGACUUUUUCUUCUGCUUCGGGCACCAAGGGAUCCAGUAUAGAUUCCAGGUACCUUGAGUGUGGACGAUGGACCAAUCACGACUAAACGCGCAUAUGGAUCUCUCUCUUAUCUCAUUCUAUUUUAGUUGCCCACGACUACCGUCGUGUAUUCACCAAUUUAACUAAUAUUUUUGUUACGACGAAUAUACACGCGUGCCAGCACGAAGCACGCUCACUAAAGUUCCUUCAUUAGAAAGAACGAAGAGGUUCGGGAUGAUAAAACGCGUUAGAUUAACGAACGAGCGAAAAUGAUCGAUACCGUUCGCAAAGGCGUUGCUUGGUACCAAGUGGAUUUCUUCGGCGAAUUACCGAUAUAUCGUUAACCGUACCUAUCCGUGAGCUUAUGCCAUUCUUAACCGUUAGUGGAGAAAAGAAGCUCAAAAACGCGUGAUAGCGAAACGCGACGGACGGAAGAGUUUUAGGGUUGGGGGUGUUGGGGGGUGACGGGGUGAAGAUUAGUGUCGACGACGUUGAAGACGCGUUGAGGUGGGCUAAUUUAAACGUUCCUAUGUAAAGUAAUAAUAAAGAUUUAAUGAAGAAGAUGAUGAAGAAGAAAACAAAAUGAAACUAAUGGAUUACUAAAAAAUGCGAACAGACAUUAAAGCGCGACGAAGUUGGGCACACCGCGCAACAGUUCACGAAAACUAAGCGGAAGCAUUUGUUACGGAUACGUACGUAUUUGUUCGUCUAAAAAAAAAAAGAACGAAAAAAUGUUCGCUCUCUAUCUUCCUAUCUCUUUUUUUCUCUUGUUGCGUGAGUGUGUAUGGGUGAUACUGGGGAGUGUGUAUUAGGAGAACGCGAAGAAAACGCGUCGUUACCGACGAUGACCACAGAGCGCCUUUGCUAGGAGAAGAAAAUCACAGAAUCGAAGUCACGUCGCUACGUUCCUCUUUUAAUUUGCAUAAAUGAACAAGUGAAAUGAAAGAAACGCGCGAAAGAACGAUAGAAUCCUAUUACGUUUUAGGAGACCGACCUACGACUUUAUUGAAAAAUGGGUGACAGAACGAGAGAGAGAGUUCACGCGAUACGCGUACACACAAUUUACACCCGAAUCACUCGAUACCUACACACAUAUACAUAUGCGCAUAUAUGUACAUAUAUAUACAAACGCAUAUAUAUAUAUGCAUACAUACUUUUAAACACAUACAGGGCAUAAACCCCGCGGCUGGGAGGGGUUUAGAUACGAUAUAUCGUUAUCGGCGUGUGAAUUUUAACAUAUUCCGUUCUGUUUUGACCGCGAGAACAAACGUUACGAUCGUAGAACGAGACGACACCGAACAUCAAUUUUUUCGAGAGUAACAGCGACGAGAGAGAAAAAGAACAAACGAGAAGAAAGAUAAGAAAGCGCGAAGGGGCAGAAGCUGUCCAAUCGCGGCACACGUUCGCAUUCAAUGACAGGCAAGACCCAGCAACAUGGUUCCUAUACUUAAUAAAAUUAUAUUUAAUAACGCGAGAUAAGAAAAAAAAAAAUAUUAUUAAUAAUAACAUUAAUGAUAAUAACACGCAUAGUAAUAAUAAUGAUAGUAAUAAAAUAAUUUUAGACAUAGCUAUCGAUAGCUGUAACUAUAUUAUCGUUAACUAACGAUCGACAAUUAAUCAAUCAAUCAGAUGUAAUUACACGAUCGAGCGAAAUGAUUAAAAGAAAAAACAAAAGAAGAAAAAAAAUCGAACAGGCGAGAACCUUUUGUUCUUGUUUUCGAAAGUGAUAGAAUUAAACGUGAUGCGAAUGGUUCUUUCGAAAAAGAUAAAGAACAAACGAAGUGCGGUAUUUCAUGUACGCGCGAAAAAAAAAAAAAGAAACGAUGCUCG